AUAGAAGAAAACUAAGUUACAUCACUUCCUGUGAACGAAUACAGCUUUGUCUCUUCAUUUUCUCUUUGUCCGUUUUCUAAGACUUAGAGCUCGAUGUGUAAAGGACUCUCCUCCCUGCCCUCCUCAUGCCUGGAGAAGGCAAAGGAGAUGCGGGUGAUGUUCGGCCAUCUGGCUGAGACACACCACAAGCAAAAGGAUGGAAAAACUCUUCAGGACCUGGAAACUCUGCUAAACAACAAAGGUGGUCUGCAGGCGUUUCGUGGGUUCCUGCGUUCAGAGUUCAGUGAGGAGAACCUGGAGUUCUGGCUGGCCUGUCAGGACUACAGGGUUUUGCCCUCAAACCUGCAAAAGACCAAGGCCAGCGGCAUCUACAGCCAGUUUAUCAACCCUGAUGCACCGCAGGAGGUCAACCUGGAUGCGGAGACCCGUGAGGCUCUGCUGAGUGUGAUGGACUCUCCAUGUGCCGACACAUUCAAGAAGGCACAGCAGACGAUCUACAACCUGAUGGCUAAAGACUCCUUCCCACGCUUCCGGCGCUCCCAGCACUGCGUAGAGGCCAUUAGGGCUUUUUAAAGAUACACUGUUUACUACCACAAACCUGCUUUAGAAAUAAGUGCUGAUGGAUCUGUACUUCUGGACAUGUUGAUUGUAUUUUAUCAUUAAUUUCAACAGGCAGCUUGUUGUGAUUGUUCUUACUAGUGUUGUAAUAACAUUACAUUCAGGAAGCAUGCCUUCCCUGUGGCAACACUGUAGUUAAUGUAGGCAUAGUUAAAAAACAUAGACACCUCCUAAUAACUAUGAAAUGUAGAUGUAACUAUAUUGUGCCUGUGGAUUACAUGAGGUUCAAGUGACGUUCACAAAGGAUUUAAAUAAAUCACUUAUAAAAGAUC